UGUAUUUGGUUCUUACAUCGCUGUCCGCUACAGUUAAUAUGUAGUCCUCGCAGUUAUAUUUAUGUACUCGGACACUAAAGACGCCAUAUGAACAUAUUACAGUUAUGCUGAUUUUUCUAUUAAGAAGUAAACAUUGUUUUCAGACAUGGCCUCAGGAGUAAAGUGACAUAUGCAGGGUGUGGGCACCACUUUAUAACUACAAAAACAAGACAUUUGCCAUUGAUUUUCCCAGAUUGCCUGACCACUGGGGCUUUAUAAUGAUGGCUGCCUAUUGUGUUUAAUAAAUACAUGAAAUGGCCCAUAAGAAAUCCAGUGAUGAUAUUGACCUAAGUCUGACAGGGUCACAAAUUUCUGCUAGAUCAUCAUCACGUCCUCUGUCAGCUGGCCAGAUGAAGAGGCCUAACUCUUUGGGAGACGUAAGGAAAACAAAGAUGGUAAUGGAAAGCAAAGGUUCAAGGAGGGAAGAAAGAGCACAAGCAGAGACUACAAAUGUUUCUUUGUCUCUUGCUCCCCAUCAAAGAAUUGCAAGUGCCUCUGCUACUGGAAAUGCUGCAAUGUUGGCACAUAAUGGCAGUUUGCAGAACGACUUCAUGGCAUUGUUUGAUAGUGCAACCAAGCCAAAGAUAAAACAACCAGCCAGUUCAGCAAGUUCUACCAGCCGAUCAAAGAAGUUAUCAUCUAAUGCUGUCAAAGUGCUUUGGCAAGAGAGCCCUCUGAAAAGUCAAAAAACAACGGUAUACCCACCAGAAUGUCAUGUUGGGGCAGCAGAAUCUGACAGGUCAGAAGGUCCUCACAACAUUUUUCGGCCAGAUGUGGCCAUGAGCAGCUCUGAAGAUGAUGACCUGGACAACAUUGAAGAAACCCUGUCACAGUCUAUCAACAAGCUUCAGAAUCUGCAGUCCCAACUCUCUGGCAUAAACAAGAACAAUUUUGCUGAUGAUGAACCAGUCUCUGGAGCAAGUAGUCAUAGAAGUUCUAGGACAACAGUUAAAGAUUCAUCCAGGGAAGUAACACCUAGAAAUGUACCAACCAGUGAGUCUAGGGAGUUUCGGUCAAACAGUCUGGCCAACAAUAUGACCUCUCAAGGCCAGAAUCAGCGAGCAAAAGCAUCAUUGUCAUCAUUUGAAAAGUCAUACCAAAAUAUCAAGCACAAGACUCCUGUCAACCAAGUGAAAAAGACUCCUGUGCUCUCAGCUUCUGCCACUCAGACUGUGGCUGAAGAGUACAUCAACAAGCUUAACCUAGCUGCCACCAAAAUUCAGAAUUGGUUUUUGCGUCACCGAACUCGUCGUCUAGCUGCAGAAGCUGCAGUGCAGCGACUUUUGCAGCAGAAGAGGGCUGAAAGGGAGGAUAUACUUAAGAUGUCAGUUGCUGCUGCUGUAGAUGAUACGCACAAAACUCAAGACAAGAAGCGCUUUAAGGAAGAAAAGGCAAGACAAGCUAGGCAGGAGGCUAUACAGGAGCUGCGUAGAAAACGAGAAGAGAAGAGAAAUGAGGUAAAAAGAAAAGCAGAAGAGGAAUUGCAGUUCUUACAGGCAAAUGGCAGGAUCACUAAGACUCCUGCCAAUUCCAACCUUGGAGCAAAAACAAAGAUCUCAGAGAGCAAAAAUGACACAGUGGCAAAACACAGUCACAACUCUUUCUCGGAGAAAACAACCCCUAGAGUUGCUGCAGUAGGUGCUGAAGCAGUUGUUGCUGCUGGAAAUGCAGAUCUCUGCCAGACAGACCUUCAGGCUGCAUUGCCAUUAGAAGAAUCAGACAGGGUUGCACCAGCUGAUGGAAAAGGUGAUCCAGGUACACUGGUUGCUACAAGAACAACACUUAGUGAUCUAUAUGAUACUCUCAGGAAAUUGGAAGAAGAAGAACAUUUCUUAACUCAGAGAUCAGAAAAGAGAACAUCAUUAUUAGAUAAGCUUGAGAAGGAUGAACAAGAAAGCAAAGGUUCUAACCUGACUGCAGAAAAUCUUGAGAAGCUCAAUGCUGCUAAAGAGCAGCUUUCAAAAAGUGGAUCCUUGACAGAUGAUAAACUCAAGAGCAUCAUGUCUUUUCUACAUGAGGUUCAAGUCUCAGACAGGCUGAGUGAAAUUGAUGCAGAAAUACACCGCAUGAAUGAGGAGCUUGAGAAGCCUGCCCUUCUGGUUCCAUCACCUGAUGAAAUACUUCAGAUGGAGAAAGCCCAGACAAUGGCAUCAGAGGUCACUAACACUGUUCUUUCACAGCGUCUGGAACUAGAAGAAAAAGGUCGUACAGUGUCCAUGUUACAGAAAGCCUUGAAUCAGCAGCGGGAGCUCACAGUUCGACAUGCCAAGGAGACAGAAAAAGAAAUGAAACGCAGAUUAGAUUUUCAGAAAGAAGAGUAUGAAGAAGCAGUCAAGCGUCAUCUGUCUUUCAUUGACCAACUGAUAGAUGACAAGAAGGUCCUGAGUGAAAAAUGUGAGCAGCUGGUAAAAGAGCUAAAGACAGUAGACCGCAAAUAUCAGGACAAGAUCAAAAGUGUGGAGGAGAGCCAUGCCAUCGAGAUCACCAAACUGAAAGAGAUUCAAGCUGCUGCAGAAAAACUGAGGAGGGAAAAAUGGAUUGAUGAAAAAACUAAAAAAAUAAAGGAAAUGACAGUCAAAGGGCUGGAGCCAGAAAUUCAGAGACUGAUAGCCAAACACAAGGCAGAAUUGAAGAAAGUGAAGCAUGUCCAUGAAGCAGAGCUACUGGAGGCUGAUGAAAGGGCAGCGCAGCGCUAUGUCAAGAUGACAGAAGAGCUGCGGGAUCAGCUGGCCAAAGAGAAAGAGGCUGCUUGUGCUCGCGAGAGAGAAAUUGCUAAAGAGAGGUAUGAAAAGCAGUUACAGCAGGAAGAAGAAGCAUUUCAGCAGCAACGAAGGCGCCUGUACAGUGAGGUACAGGAUGAGAAAGAUCGAAUAGCGACCAAUGCUUCACGCCAGAGGCAAGAACUGGACAGCCUGAGGCAUCAGCUGGAAGAUACCCAUCGACAAGCUCUCACUGCCAUGAAGGAAGAGUUUGAGAAGGCCAGAGAAGAACAGGAACGCAGGCACUUGGCAGAGGUGCGUGGUCUACAGGAGCGUUUACAGCUAGAGAAGGAGGCAUGGGAAGAGAACUAUAAGAAGAAACAUAGCACAUGGCUAGCACAGAAAGAACGUGAGUUGAAGGAACAAGCACAUCAUGAGCGAGACAAAGAGAUUGAACUUGUUAUAACUCGCCUUGAAGAAGAUGCCUGUGCAGCAAGGGAGGAAAUUGACAAAUCAUCAGAAGCCAAAAUCAGGCGCUUGAGAGAAAAGUUUGAAGCAGAGACAAGAGAGCUGGAGAACUCUGAAAGAAGAGCUGUGCAAAAGUACAAUGAGAUCAAGGCCAGAGCUACAGAAGUUGAAGGUGAAAAUGAGAGACUGAAAGUAAUCAUUAAACAAAAGGAUGAGGAAAUCAGAGAUACCAAAAAGGUGCUCCAUAAAAUGAGCGAAGAAAGAGGUCAUGUUUCUGACAUUAUCCGACAAGAGUUUGCAGACAGAAUUGUUGCAACUGAGGAAGAAAAUAAACGUAUCAAAAAUGAAAUUGCAGAGCUGCGAGCAAAACAUCGAAUUGAACUAGAUCGAGCCAAAGCUGAGAUUGAAGAGAUCAAGAAAGCCAAGGAUGAGGAAAUGGAGGAGGUCCACAAAAGAGUGAAGCAGGCCAUCGUGAAGAAGGAGGAGGUGGUGAGUCAGCUGCGGCAACAGUAUCAGGCAGCCUGUAAGCGUGCAGACCAUCUAGAGGGUCUCUUGGACCAGCAGCGCAAACAUCUUCUAAAGAAGUAGAAGUGGAUGUCUGAUGUUAGCCACAAUUCAUUGGCCAGAACUUUCCCUUGCAUACAGCCAUAGAUCCAAGCAGGGUACUAUGCAUAGAGACAAGUGUGUGCUGUGAAUAGCAUGUAUGUUGCAGCCAACGUUUUCUUAGUGGGAAAGUGUUUCCUUUGUAGGAUAUAAAUUGUACCCCCCCAAAAAUAGAAAAAAUAAGCUGGUAAGAGUGAGAGCAAGGGAAGCCAUUGAAAACUGCUGAAAAAAGUAAAGACCCAAUGAAAUUUGUAAUAGGGCUGAAAAUACAGGAAAAUGUAGAACAAGAUUGGAACAAGAAGGAAAACAAGUGGGUUGAAAGAGGAAAUGAGAAAGAAGUCUUACAUUUUGGAAAAUAAUGCAGCAAGUGAAAAUGAACAGGUCUAGAGUGAAAAGAGUCUGUCUUAAACAUUUCCAACAAUACAGAAAAAUUAAAAAAAAAAGGAAAACAAAUUUUUAUGACAUGGAUUUCUAUUUUGGAGGGGGGUCAUAUUUCACUUUCAGUUAUUUGGCGAGUAAAGGUAGUAAAAGCAAGGUACUAAGUGUUGUUACAAUGGGAAAAGUCUUGUGUAUAAUGUUAGGAACAAAAUUUUGUGGUUCAUACAUUCAGCUUAUCAGUAGGCAUAUUGACCUCAAUUUUUUUAAACUAUAACCAAUAUAACUAUGCUCAUGCCUAAAGUUUCAAAUGUGAACCAUCUCUCAUUCACAAGGAGGACUUGUUUAACCUCCUAUUUCAUGCUUGUAGCAUCUUGCCAGUCUGCAGUAGAUAUAAUAAUAUUGUUCAGCUGUCACCACUAGUGUCAGUGGUGUCUGUUGGAACUGGAUUGACAGUUUUAUGAGGAGGCAUAGUAACCUACAGUAAUAAGGUUUAAGGGGAAGUAUUUUGUUGAUUGCUCCCUAAAACUGUUCAUGCACACCAUCAUACUUUAUUUCUUUUUUCUUAAACUAAACAUAAUGAACAUCAUAUUCAAGGUUUUUAUGAAACUUUUGCAUGCAUUUGUGUGUUAUCUUUCAUGUGGAUGUAUUGUGUGUUCAUGUAUUGUGUUUGAAAAUGAGCAAUUGUGCUGUCACAAACGGUAUUAAUAAAAGAAAGGUGAGAUAGUGGGAAAUAAUUCUUUUUUUAACUGAAUUUAUUUAUUAGCAACAUUGUGAUACAUUAGUGACAAAUUAGUGUCUAGUCUGUAUCCUUUAAUUCUUGAUACUAUCUUGCUACAAAAUAUUUAUUAAAUUUAGUUUUAUGCACAUUGUUAGUAAAUGAAAUGGUCAUUUAACGUUUUUAUGAGUUCACAUACCUUACAAAGAAAUUGCAAUUGAAUUCUUUUAAAUUAUAUAUGCAUACAUAUUUUACUUAAACUGUCUCAACAAAGAUUUGGCUAGAUGGAGACUCUAUUAAGUGUCAUGAAAACUGCAUAUUGUGAUUUGUUGUGAAUGCUGUCCAUAUGGUCAAAAAUGGUUGUGAUUACAGAUUAUUUUGUCCAGCAUCAGAGUCUGUAGCCACAGACUAGUCAAAACAAUUUGCUGGAUGCUGACUAGUUCAUCUGCAGAGCUCCUGUCUCAACUUUAUUUAACUUUGGAAUCAUAGCCUCAAUGUGCUGGUCCAACCCACAGACUUUGCUCUCAGUUUUGCCUUUUAAAUUGUACAGGUAGCCUCGCAGUUUUAUCUUUAGAUUAUAAUAUGCAUGACUAUUUUAAUAUCUAAAUUUCAGAAGAUAUUCACAUUUAGAACGUGUUGAUUCAAAGCCACUCAAGCAUGACAUUUGUGAAAAAGAAAAAUUCAUAAAAUAGCUAUUUUCGUGGCAUUUGAAGUUGGUACUGAGGAUAAUGAAACAAGGUGAUGGUGUUUUUUUUAGACAGAACAUUUGUAUUUAAAACUAGAUGCAUUUUCUGCACUAAGAUUGCUGUACUUCUGAGCAGAAGUCAGCCCGUAUUUUUUUUCCUCGAGAUGUUGUUGAAGUUAACACAUGGUGAGUGACUCACAAGCUGUGAUUUACUGUCCAAUAUGACAGCGGAAGUGAUACAGAGCCAGCAUUAAUUUGCUUAUAGUAGACAUUGUAUGUCUCUUUUUUUUUUCUCUCCACAAUGGACACGAGAUGUCUGAAUAUAGAACAUCUUAGAUUCCUUUGACAUUAAAAGACCAUUAUAUUUUUUUCUUUAAGAGAACAUAGGAUUGCAAAUUUUUUAAAAAUAUAUUUUUCAAGAUGGCAUGCCACUGUAUCCCAAAAAUAUACAAAUACAUUUUGCUAAACA